AUGAUGGCUAGCUAUCCCGAGCCCGAGGACGCCGCGGGGGCCCUGCUGGCCCCGGAGACCGGCCGCGCAGCCAAGGAGCCCGAGGCGCCGCCGCCGCCGAGCCCGGGCAAGGGUGGCGGCGGCGGCGCCGGGACAGCCCCAGAGAAACCGGACCCGGCGCAGAAGCCCCCAUACUCGUACGUGGCGCUCAUCGCCAUGGCGAUCCGUGAGAGCGCCGAGAAGAGGCUCACGCUGUCCGGCAUCUACCAGUACAUUAUCGCCAAGUUCCCGUUCUACGAGAAGAACAAGAAGGGCUGGCAGAAUAGCAUCCGCCACAACCUCAGCCUCAACGAGUGCUUCAUCAAGGUGCCGCGCGAGGGCGGCGGCGAGCGCAAGGGCAACUACUGGACGCUGGACCCGGCCUGCGAGGACAUGUUCGAGAAGGGCAACUACCGGCGCCGCCGCCGCAUGAAACGACCCUUCAGGCCGCCGCCCGCGCAUUUCCAGCCGGGCAAGGGGCUCUUUGGGGCCGGAGGUGCCGCGGGUGGCUGCGGCGUGGCAGGCGCGGGGACCGACGGCUACGGCUACCUGGCGCCCCCCAAGUACCUGCAGUCCGGCUUCCUCAACAACUCGUGGCCGCUGCCGCAGCCGCCCUCGCCCAUGCCCUACGCCUCGUGCCAGAUGGCGGCGGCCGCGGCGGCGGCGGCCGCAGCAGCGGCGGCCGCAGGCCCGGGCAGCCCAGGCGCGGCCGCUGUGGUCAAGGGGCUGGCGGGCCCGGCUGCCUCGUACGGGCCGUACUCACGCGUGCAGAGCAUGGCGCUGCCUCCCGGCGUAGUGAACUCGUACAACGGCCUGGGAGGCCCGCCCGCCGCGCCCCCGCCGCCGCCGCCGCCUCACCCCCACUCACACCCGCACGCACACCAUCUGCACGCGGCUGCCGCACCCCCGCCGGCCCCGCCGCACCACGGGGCCGCCGCACCGCCCCCCGGCCAGCUCAGCCCCGCCAGCCCGGCUACUGCCGCGCCCCCGGCGCCCGCGCCCACCAACGCACCCGGCCUGCAGUUCGCCUGCGCCCGGCAGCCCGAGCUCGCCAUGAUGCAUUGCUCUUACUGGGACCACGACAGCAAGACCGGCGCGCUGCACUCGCGCCUCGAUCUCUGA